GUGUACGUGGGUUCCUAGCAACUAGCAGGGUAGUGUUGCUAUCAUAGCAACAACAAAGGCCCAUACAGCAUGGCGGAUGAUUUGGAUGCAUUGCUGGAUGAGGUGGAAUCAAAGUUCUGCCGCAAUGUUUCAGUGAUUUCGCCGUCUCCUUCCGAUAUUAAAGAGACCAAAAGAAAAACAGAGGGGAAAAGCCGAACGCAAUGUUCUACAAACCAAGUGCCACGUAAAAGCUUUGACGAGGAUGACAUUGAUUCUCUUCUGGAGGAUAUACUUGAUGAUGGUGACUCCCUCAACUUAGAUAUGCCCAAAGCAACAAAGAAUGACUGUACGAGUUCACUGUCACAGCCAGCAAGUAGAAGAUGUUGUCCAGUUUUUUUGGGGGGAAGCUCUGUAGCAACUGGUGUUGGAACGAGUACUUCACAAAGGGCUUGCAGUCAGCUGAGAUGCACUUCCUGUGACUUCCGUGUGAUGUCAUUUGACGAUCAUGAAUGGGACUCUUCUUGCGAUUACCUGUUUUUCAGGAACAACAUGCCCGACCGUCAGAAGCUACAGGCCAAGCUAAAGAGGAAGAGGACCUCGCGAGCAUACGCCUGCCAGUGCAGCUGGCGCUCCACACUCAUCCUCACGGACCUGAGGGACCAGCCCGAUCUCAAGUGGGUCUGCGGGAAGCACAAGUCUUAAGGGUUCACCACAGUGUUUGGGGGUAUCAUGCUGGGAUUUUUUCAAAAUAACGUUUAACUGCUGAUCUCCUUUGUGUAUAUGACAUUAAUAUAAGCAGCAAAAACAAACAGAGUUUGCACGCCACCACAAUGCUCCCAUAAUAAGUACAAAAGCAUGGACAGUGAUUCCGUUCACAAGGGUCUUUGUCAAGAACUUGAAUCAAACCUUCGUCCGUGCUCACGUGCAAAUGGACUUUUCACAGGAGCAUCACGGGAGUGUGUGGCCUGUUUCUGUAUGUUCUUCAUGCUCUGUCCUUAGUCCUGACCCUGUGGCACAGUCGAAAGUGUGUGUGUCACGUGUUGUGUUAUGUUGCAUCAAAAAUCAUGUCAGACGUUGAUAAAACACCUUGACACAUGUUUUUGUAUUGGCAUAUAUACAGGGUCAGUUCCAGAUUUCUUACUCGGUUGCCUUGCUACACGAGCACUGCUGCUGUAAAGGCAGUGUGGCGCAGAUGGCAGUGAAUCUGAAGUAUGAAUCAUUGGUCAGGGCUGGAGCAGGCUUGCAGUAGCUCUGCUAAUGCAGUGAGUGAAUGCUAGCUGUUGUAUUGGGGGCCCUUCUGACAGGCCAGGGUCAUUGUGACCGCCUGUUAUUUUCGAUGGGACGCUUGCCACUGAGAAUCUUGAAACAAACCACAAGUUCACGUGGUCACACUGCGACCAACUUUUCACCACAUGGGCGCUUGACAUAGUAAUGCAUAACCACAAGGGCUAUAGUGUUCUCCAUUGGUGUUUUGGUGAUCAGCUGCUGGUGAUAUCUUGCUGGUAAUAUCGCCCUAGAAAGGACUGGACAUAGCAACUGCCUAUCUGCCUCUGAUAAAUAGCUAACCUAUUUCAGAAGCAAAUGACCACGACCAAUGAGAAUGGUCCCUUAGUUGGGACCCUGACAAUCCUGUAACUGCUUUCCAAAACACUGACCUAUAGAUUCAGUCAAAUGCACCAUUUUAAAGGCGUAUGCAGUUUAAUCAAAUCAAACUGAAGUUUUUUUUUUGGCUCAAGGAAGUUGAUCAUGAUCAUAGACUGAAAUCUCAAGAAGAGAAACUAAAAAGAGGAAAAGGCGCUGCCUGAGGACUGUGGUGCUCAGGUUGGAGGCAUGGGAGCUUGCCUGCUUUAAAGAAUCUGUUUGUCUCCAACUUUACAAUUCUCCCUGUUUUAGGACAUAACAAAAGAAGUUUUGAAAAAUAAGUGAAUGGAGGAUUAUCAUCACAGUUGAGCUGUGCGACAUGUAAGGAAUAAGAUGAUUGAUUUUCUUUUCCUACUCUUGUCUUUAAUAUUUGAGGUAUGCAGAGUAUAGAAAAUAGUGGGAUUUGGUAUUUGUGGGACAACCGGGAAAACAUUCCACUUUUGACUUAAUGGUCUUGUGAUGAGAACACUGCUCCUAGCGUCAUAGCUUUGACUCGUUAUUGAAUGCCGAUCACCACAAUGACCUCUUUGAGCUGUGAAGAAAAACACUUUAAUCGUGAGACAAAUGUGUGAAUCCUGACACCUUGAAUUGAUGUUGUCAUAUAAAAUCACAUGAUACUUUUGACCCAUUACCUGCUGUUGACUGAUCUAACAGACAUAUGACUGAAUUCUUAGCUGAAAGAAAGUUAUUUUAAUACUGUGACAGACUGGUUGAGUGAUGUAAAGGGCCUGUCUUUUAUUUGGGUCACAAAGCUAAAGGCCAGUUCAGGUUAAAUCUUCAACAGUGAACAAGAAGGUUGUAAAAUGUUUUCAGAAGAAAUUGUAUAGAGCGUGAACUAUCCAGUUUUAGAAUGUCUGAUGUACCUUCUGAGAUUGAACAUGUGACAGUUUGAAUCCAGGGGUAAAAUUAAAAUGAGCUGAUCAGCUGAACCAACUUUUAGCUCCUUGUUGCAGAAAGAAUAAUGUAAUUUUUUACCCAUGUAUUACAGUUUUUUAUGAUUGCUUUGACUCAUUUUGCACAACAGAGUUUCAGUGUGCAAACCUCUUAACACAGAAUGCUAUACUGCUCAAUUUGGGUUCAAAAUGUAAUAUAGCAUACAAAAUAAAAAUACCAGUGUCAAAUCAGAGAAUAUUAUAUGCAAAAGUUUAUCACAGCACCAGAACAUUAGAUAUUUAAAACAAUGAAGUUAAAUCAUUGCUGCAUUUUCAAUAUACAACAGUCAUCAUCAAAUAAUGCUGCCAAACACUAAAUCCUUCUGAUCAAAAGUGUUCUUUGGUCAUAAUGCAAAAUGCUAUACUCCUAAUCUUGGGCUCAAAAUUAUAUAUAGCAUGCACAAUAGAAACAACUGAACCAAAUUAGAUUGUAUUUCAUGCUAACGUUUAUCAUAGUGUCAGAAGAGUUCAUCGUUGAAGUUUAAUUAUUGGUGCAUUUUCAAAUACAAUGGCCAUUAUCAAAUAAUUCGGUCAAACACAAAAUACUUGUUAGCAAAAAAGACUUGUCCUCAUAAGUACUUGAAAUUAUGUACAGCAAGCAUCCCCUGUGAUAGACUGCAGUAUAGCGCUUGUGUUUUUAUGAAAGACAAACAAAAUAUUAGAUUAGAUUAUAUGAAGUUUAAACAUUAAAGAAAAAUCAUACAGUAAUGCUGUACUGUAAACUCAACUGUAUUGUACAGUAAAAACAAAAACAACAGUAAAGCAACAGUGCUUAAGCAGCAUUUUGCCUGUCCGCUGCGUUUGGCCACAGAAUUUCGUCGACGUCGCAUCUGAUGUCCUCGUUGGCAAGACAGCGCAGGUGAAAUCUUUUAGAGUGUCUUAUCCACCCCUGGCACUGCUGGGCUGUAAUUUCAUCGCAUGCCUCAUCCAUGGCCUGAAGGAGCGUUGCCUGCUCAUAUGGACGCCUAUCAUAUACCUUCCACCUCCAGGCUGAGAAAAACUCCUCGAUGGGGUUCAGAAAGGGGGAGUAAGGUGGACACAACUGCUCUUCUGCCUCCCUGGCCACGACCGCGACCCCGUCCAUGACCACGAUCCUGUUCUUCGUUACCAACCUCAACCUCACCGACCUGCUCUAUGCUGUCAGAAACAUUCAGGUUUCUAAGCAGCCUUUUAUGUAGUGGUGAAGAGAUUAUCAAUUGUGUUACAAUGCUACUCACCUGGGCAAGGUUGUUGGAAGUACUGAGACAUGACUACAAACACCUGUUGAAUUGAUUUAGUGAUCUGCAUUUGUAGCAAUAAGCAUUUGAACAUUGUUGUAAUAUUAGGUGGCUGUAUUCUGAGAAUGGAGCAUAUGAUUUUGAGUUUGGCACUUUCCGUUAACAGUUUUGCAUUUUGUAUGUCAGCAUAGGAUGCAGUGUCUUAAGGUAAGAAUUCUGCAAGUCAGUUUAGCACCUUGCGUUAACAGUUUUGCACUUUGUAUGUCAGCAUAGGAUGCAGUGUCGUAAGGUAAGAAUUCUGCAAGUCAGUUUAGCACCUUGCGUUAACAGUUUUACACUUCGUAUGUCAGCAUAGGAUGUAGUGUCUUGGAGUAUGAAUUUUGAAAGUCAGUUUGGCACUUUGCAUUUUGAGUUUUGUACAUUGAAAUUCUGCUGUGCUAAAUGAGUCAAAGCAAUCGUAAAAAAAACUAAUUUGUAACUGCAUAGCCUUAGAAACAUAAAUGUUUUUUUUUGUCUUUUUUUUCAAAAAUGGCUAUUCCCAUCUUGUGUAAUCUCACAGAUUUGAUCUGAACUGGGCUCCAGUAAAGGAGUCUGUUCACUCCUUAUUUACAUUGUUUUGGUGAAAUUCUAAGUCUGGUAGCACAGUUUUCCUUUAGUCUGCUUGGAGAUCCUCAGGUGAAAUGCGCCACAUGGAGUGAGUGCAGGCUUUUUUCUAUCAAUGACCCAGUCAAACUUGUGAUUGGUAACACUACACGAACGUUACAGUAAUUACAGUGAAUUACUGCAUUAAUUACAAUUCACAGUUUAGCAGGUACUUUUAACCAAUGCAACUUACAACUUAGUAAGAAAACACCUUAAGGUUACAUAGAAGAGCCACUGUCAUAUGUGCUUGUCUCAAGACCUGUGAGAUAAAGGGAGAUGGGGGCUAUUUAGGAGGAUGAGGACGGGGUUGAGUGACAGCUCAUGCUGAGUGAAGAGCCUCUGUGACUAUGUGGAGAGCACUCUCAGUGGAGAGCAGUAUUCAACAUGAAACCUGAUUGGUUGAGGUUGAGGAGGAUUAAUGGGGAGACAGUUUGUUGCAGACUCCACAAACAAGUUUUAUCAUCAGUGUAACUAUUGCAAGGUGUUACUGUUAAAUACAGAAAGAGUCCAAACAAUGAGUCUCUUGUAUGAAGGAGAUCAAUCACUUGCACCUGGUUAUACGGUGUUUGCAGGCAGUGGAUGGAGGUUCUAUAAACAAUGCUUUACGCUGUAAAUUUCCCACAGUAAAAUGCAAAGGCGGGAAAGGCAUAAGAUACUUGUAUUCUAAUAUUUAUAUUCCAUUCGUUUUUCACAAAUAAUUAUUUUAACUGGUGACAUGAUUACCAACCCUUCAGUAAGAAUGGGUCAGUAUUUACUGACAAAAAUAUGUAAAGUAUCAUUUAAAUGUACUUGUAAAUUUGUAUAUGUUUGAUAGGAAUUAAUAUCUGAUAGCUGUGAAUAAACAUAUCAGGAUGGACACCAAAAUAGUUUGAAAUGUACAAAAUAUAUUUCUUUACAGUAUGAACACAUUUUUGUUCAGGUUAUCAUGUACAAAUUAUGUAAAAUCAAAUAAAAGUUUUUUGUCAUGA